AUGUAUAUGUGUGAAGAACUCCGCGAGGCUGUAAAACCUGUUAAUUCUGUGAAUGGACUACCAGUACAUAUAAAAGUACUCACAUCUAUCAGAGUAUUGGUAGAUGGUAGUUACCAGAGAGGUACGGGUCAAGACCAUGAAAUGGCUGUUGCUCAAACAACAGUCAGUAAAUACCUGACCCAAGUUACUGGGGCUAUUGUUAGAAUACUAAUGCCUAAAUGGAUAUCAUUUCCGGGCGUAGGACAAACAAGGCAAAAUGUAGGGCGAGUCCACGAUCAGUUCAUAUUUAACAACUCAAAGGUUAAAUUAGAAAUGAAACGUCUGUAUGAUAAUAAAAUCGGUCAAUACUAUCUUUUAGGGGACUUGGGCCAUGCAUUAGAGCCUUGGCUGAUGACUCCAGAUUUGGAAGCUGCACCAAAUAGUUCUGCAGCAAAAUACACACAAUGGCAUUGCCAAAUAAUAAUAAUAAUUGAAAUACACCAUGAAACGGCGCCGGGUCUGGGCGUCUCCCGUCAAAUGACGCCCGCUAAUAUGGAUGAUGGAAUACAGAACAACGUGCAAAGGGCCGCUGCCUGGAGGUCACCAGGGCGCGUAUGUAGCUGGCGCUGGACGCGAACACCCAGCCAAGCGCGAGGUGCUGCACGAUCACCCAGUAGCCCUCACAUCCAUCAUCUCCACCAGCUUGCUUGGUGUCGGCAGGGUCUUCGCAGGCCCAGCAAUCGACACCCACCGCUGGUGGAGUACGGCGCAUGCGAUGGACCAUCAAAAUGA